AUGCUAGGCAAUUUUCGACAGAUCAUUACUCGAGCAAUUCAACCAAGAAUAUUAUUAACAACAAAUCGUUUGAAUCAGACAGAUGCUGAUAAAUCACCUGUCACAGCAAACGUACCCAGUGGAAUAUGGAAACUUGGUAAACUCAAUCAUAUUGCUGUUGCUGUUCCUAGUCUAGAUGAAGCAAGUAGUUUUUUCAAAAAUGUUCUUCAUGCUAAAUCUGUUAGUGGUGCUGUCGCAUUGAAAGAACAUGGUGUUCAUACAGUUUUUGUUGAUUUUGGUAAUACAAAAAUUGAACUUUUAUUUCCACUUGGUGAUAAAAGUCCGAUAUCAAGAUUUUUAGAAAAACAUAAAUCAGGUGGCAUUCAUCAUAUUUGUAUUGAAGUUGAUAAUAUUGAAGAAGCGAUUAAAGAUAUUCAACAACAAAAUAUUCGUACACUUAGUGAAACAACUCAAAUUGGUGCACAUGGUAAACCAGUUAUGUUUCUUCAUCCAAAAGAUUGUGGUGGAAUUUUAAUUGAACUUGAACAAGCUAAAUAA